AUGGCUGUGCUCAAGUGUUUCAUCGGGGGCCUGAUCGGCGCGCUGCUCGGCGCCGCGGUCUGGGCGGCGAUCUACCACUACGCCGACUUCGAGCUCGGGCUCGUCGCGUGGGGCGUCGGGAUCGCGGCCGGCGUGGGCGUGCGCGUGGCGAUGUACGACAGCUCGUGCAACAUGUCCGGCGUGAUCGCGCUGGUGUGCGCGUGCGUCGGCCUCGUCGGCGGCAAGUACGCCGGCGUGAAGCUCGACGUCAACGAAUUCAUGGAAGGGUCGUACAACGAGUCCCAGCUGCUGCACCACGCUCGCGUCGUGAUCGCGGACGACAUCGCGCUCUCCUGGCAGGACCAGGGACGCGAACUCGCCUGGCCGGAGGGGAUGACGUACGAGGAGGCGUGGGAUCAGAGCGACUACCCGGUCGACGUCUGGCGGGCGAUGGAAGAGACGUGGGACGGUCUGCCCGAGUCCGAGCGAGAAGACCGCAUCGACGACGCGAGAGCCGACGUCGACACAUACACCGCAGCGCUGACGAAAGAGGUUUUCUGGGAUUCGUUCUCCCUCUUCGACGGCCUCUGGUUCCUCCUGGCGCUGGGCAGCGCGUGGAAGAUCGCCGAGGACGACGACGGGAUGAUCUGA